UGGAUCAACUCUUUUUAUUGAUGCACCAACAUCUAUAUCAUCAAAAUGAAUAAAUAUCUUGGCAUCUUAUGUUCUAGGAAAUGGGUUGAACCGUAAAACAUAGGGAGAGAAGAGACCUUGACCAAGAAAACUCAGGGACUCAAACCCUAGGAGAAACAGGUGCCAUUAGCAAGAGGCCCUUUGUGUGGGUGUGGAAAAGAAUACCCCAAACACAGGCAGCACAAGGGGAGGAAGGGAAAAAGAAGCAGAAGGUAGGAAAAAAGAAGGGAAAAAAGAAAAGAAAGAAAUUGGUUGUUCAUUCUAUCAAGUCUCAGUUACCUGAUCAAUGGUGAGUACAGGAAAACCCUAGUUUCUUCCCAUCCGUUUCAAUGGAUUCAUUUUGCUUUAUCACGAUUUGGGGAUGUUGGGUUUUUCCAAAAUCAUGUAUUUGAUUAUGUUUGAGCCCUAAGCAAUCAGGAAUGAUAGAGAUCCUGAUGAAUUCGGCGGCCUGAGAGAGAUAGAAGGGGAGAGAGAGGGAGAGGGAGAGGUACCAUGGCGGAGUAUAAAACGACGGGGGUGAGCCAGAGAGUGAGGUUUUCCGUUGAUCUGAGGCCCGGGGAGACCACUAUUGUGUCAUGGAAGAAGCUGACGAGGGAAUCCGCUAAGGCGGUUCAGCCUGCAGCUGGUGCCGAACCGCCCGCUGGAGCCCAUCCGGCACUGGAGUCGCGGAUUGCACCGGAGUCUCUUUCUGGGGAUCGUGAGCUCAAGGAUGCAAUGCCUCCUCAAAAUCGGUUCAGUGCUGUUAUAGAGAAGAUUGAACGGCUAUACAAGGGUGCACAUAGUAGUGAUGAGGAGGAGCUUGAUGAUGCUCCUGAUGAUGACCAAUAUGAUACUGAGGAUUCCUUUAUAGAUGAUACAGAACUAGAUGAGUACUUCCAGGUUGAUAAGUUGCAAACAAAGCACAGCGGCUUCUUUGUGAACAGGGGGAAGCUUGAAAAAACAGCCGAACCUUUGCCAUCUCUUCAUCAUCAACAGAAGAAGCGUAGGAGGAAAGAUUUAAAUAAAGGAAUUGGUGAAAAGGAAGCUGAACAGAUGUCAAGGAAACUGGUAAAAGUGGGUGGUGUGCGCAUGAAAACUGCUGCUAGAAAUCCCUCAUUGGUGGUAAAUAAACCAUCUAUCGCACCUGAAACUUCCUUAGCUGGAAAUGAUCAUCAUCGUGAUUCAAAAUCCUCACUUAAUCCUCCAAGCAUGACUGGACCACCCAAACCAAAACAUGUUGAUGUCACCAUCACUUCUGAAAGUUCCUGGUCUGCACAAUUGCCAGGAAGGGAUGCUUUGGCCUCCCAUGUGGAGAUUAAAGAUGGUGAGAAACAGAAUAUCGGAGCUGUCCUUUCAAAAGAAAGUGCUGGUAAAAUUGCUGGGACUGUUGAACCUUUGGACUCUGGUCAUCAGGUUUUUCCUGAAAAGGGUAGCUCCGUUCAAGUUGAAAACCUUUCAAGGAAGUACGUCAGAGAUUCUCAUGAACUUGCUAUGACCUCCAAGAUUCGACACAAAGAAAAAGUUGCAAGACAUUAUGAUUUAGCUGGUUCACGCUAUAGCAGUGGGAAGUAUCCAACACAAAAGUUGAAGGUGCAAUCCAUGCCAAAAGAAGGUUCUGGAUUAAAGCCAAAAGGGACAAUGUUGGAGCGAGCCAUUCGUGAAUUAGAGAAAAAAGUUGCAGAAUCAAGGCCACCUACUAUGGAUGUUCAAGAAAAUGAUCCUGCAUUUCAGGGUGUUAAAAGGAGAUUGCCUCGUGAAGUUAAACAGAAACUUGCUAAAGUGGCAAGAUUAGCGCAAUCUAGCCAGGGGAUGAUCUCAGAUGAGCUAAUUUAUCGUCUUAUGAGCAUCCUUGGACACUUGGUUCAACUAAAAACUUUGAAGAGAAACUUGAAAGAGAUGGUUGAAUUAGGACUCUCAGCCAAACAAGAAAAGGAAGAUAGAUUCCAGCAAAUCAAGAGAGAAGUCACAGAGAUGAUAAGGGCACGUGUCUCCUCGUUUAAGUCCAAGGAAACACUCGGCUCUGAUGAUAAAGAAUCUCUUAGAGGAAAAUACAGAAUUGAUAGUGUUACAGAAGAUAAACUUUAUGAUCUCUGCGAUCUAUAUACUGAGGGGAUGGAGGAAGAUAAAGGGCCACAAAUGAGAAAAUUAUAUGUGGAGCUGGCUGAAUUGUGGCCAGAAGGCUGGAUGGACAACCAUGCAAUCAAAGAAGCUGUUGGCAGAGCUAAGGAGCGGAAAAAGGGAGCUUCAAAUCUACAGAAUGGAGAAAAGGUCAAGAGGAAGAAGUUUUCUUCUGCAAGGACAGAGGAGAGCAUGAGAGGUGCGGGGAAUGUUGUGACAGAUCCUACAUCGUUCACACAUUCACGUGCCAUGCAAGAGAGACCUGCCACGGACAAUUCUCAAGGGUUGAGCCUCCUUGAAAACCAAACACUACCAUCUGCACUCAACAAAAAUGUCAAUGUGUCGACAAAUGCAGGCUCUCUGGUCAAGCUGAAGCCGGAUAACGCGAAGCCAGGCAUAGUUACCAGCAUGGAUGACACUGAAGAGUGGCACAGGGUAGAUGUCGCGCUUUUGAAAAAGAAACCGAAGACUAAGCCCGAAAUAGAACCAGGCGGCAAUACAGAAUUCAGCCUGUUUAACAAGCAGGUGACUAACAGUACAAAUGCUGUAAGCAACCAACAGAAAUCCAGUUCCCAGAUAAUUGGUUCUCAAAGUGGAGGGCCGGUAAAGAACAGCUGAGGCUUACGCACUGUGAUUCCAUUUUUUACCGUUCUAGUUAUCAUAAUAGCUGGUGAGGGAACUUGCUUUCUUGUUUAUAGUUGGGAAAUCAGAAAUGUAAAUUGUAGUCUUGUCGUGCUAUCAGCCUCAAUUAAUGAAAAAUCUAGCAAUUUUCUGACAA